AUGCCUCUGUUUCUCAUCUUACCCAUUUCUGAAAUUGUAAUCACACACACAGCCGAUGGUGGUCACCUUGUGAGCAUGAGCUCCUUGUGGAUACCGCCUGUGUUCUCACAGUUUGUCUGGCUGUGCGAAGAGAUGCACUCUGCUUGCACAAAUUCAAUUAACGAGACUGCCACUACCACGGACUCGCUGCUACUGCUGCUGCUGCUGCUGCUGCUACAAGUCCUACGCAAUUCUGUCGUCUACGAACAACGCCACAUCGUGCGAUACGGCGACUUCAUCGGUUCUGUGGUGGACCACGAACUGCACUACAUCCUACGCUUCUCUGAUGGAGCCAGGAUUCGAGUCCACGAGACGGCUGUGAAUUGCUUUAAACUCCGAGAGGCCAUCCCCAGUGACUGGUCUGGUGACGAGUUCUACGAGGGCACUGUCAUCAGUGGAGACGCUCGCAGUCUUGCUUAUCGCGCCCCCGAGGCCAUUGUGCGUUGGCACACCGCUGACUCCAAGUCGGCCGCUGGGAGGACCCAUAUUGACGAAGAGGUCGACUUUCUACCCUUCUUCCUCAACGAAACAGCCAAGCACAAUGCCAUUUGGUUGGCCGGUCUUCGGCGUCGUACCAAGGUGGACCUCCUUGUUGAGGAAAUGAUUCCUAUAAGAGCAAAGUUCCAUAUGAUGGAAACGGACGUUAAGGACACCGGCAGCGGACGACCCUCGACGAUUCUCGGUACUGACUUGCAGAAACUCCAAUCCAUCCACCCCUACCCGUGGUCGUUUUGCUCUAUUCGAGACAUCUUUCAGUACACCCUCAGACCGGAGGAUAAACUUUACGACAUGGCCCACUUUGGUAAUUUGGAGGGCCUCUUUUACCGGCACAUGACUGGCCAAGAUCUCACCUCUGCGCAGUUUCAUGUCUCCUCUAGCCAGGCGGCCAACAACGACUCUAGUGGCCAGCUAUCUACCGAUAGCCAGCCAAAGGCAUCUCCAGAAUCCUCCAAGCCGUCGCCUUACCACGUUCCCUUAAAU